AUGGGAUCGCGAAAGCGCACCCGCUCGGAGGCCAUCCCGAUGACCGAGCAACAAGCCCCAGAGGAGCCUAGCUUGCUCUCCCAGCUCAGGAGCAACUGGGCAUUUGCAAGCCUCAUGCAGUACAUUGCCAUCUUUGGCCAAGUCAUGAAGAUCGACGAGGACUUUGGAAUCGAGGACCUGGAAGUCGAAUGCCUCAAGCCAGAACCCUCCCAUAAACUGUUGGAGAUUGGAUUGUGUCUCCUCAAGUGGAUUUCGUCGCAUCGCGGUCUUACGUUCGACAAUUUCGAUGAGUAUACCCGACGCCAGUACAAUGCGAAAGCGCCCAAAAUUCCCAACCCCUUUGGGCACGAAGAAGAACCAAACAAGUUCUUGCAUUUCGACGUGUUCACUAAGAUACGUGUCCUCCACCAACUUACAGUAUGGACAUUUUGGAAUGCGGAUCGCAUUCGCGAUAAGAUGCCCGAAAAGAAAGAAACAGAGCAGAUGGAAUGGCGCAUCGAAGAGUUUGGCUGGGAUCGCGAGGGGCGUACAUACUACGUACUAGACGACAAUCGCCUUUACCGUCGCACCGACCCACCCUUACCUCCUUCUCCCCAGCGUCCCAAGAAGAAGGGCAAGAGCCGAUCCUCCCGAGCAUCAAGAACGUCAAAGCGCACCUCCACAGCAGCUGUGGAAGAUGGAUCCGACGAGGAGACCAAGGAUCUCAAUGAUGCAACCGCUGUCGCAGCCACUUCUGAGGACCCUUUCAAGUGGGAGUGUGUAGCUGUCACACUUGAGGAAUAUCAGGCUUUCUUGGAGACCAUUCAAAAGACUAAAGAUGCGGACGAGAAAUCUCUCCGCGAUAACAUUAAUACCCAUGUUCUGCCCAUUCUUGAGAAGGCAGAGGAGGCGCAGCAGCGCAAGCGCCAGAAGCGGGAGAAGGAGCUUUUGAGCCUGCAGCUGGUCGCGGGUGCUAAAAGGUCCAGUCGACUCGCCGCCAAGGAAGAAAAGGAACGGCAUGAGCGAGAUGCUGCUGAAGCUGCUCAAAAGCGCGAAAUGGACCUGGCCGAGGCUCGCAAGGAGCAGGCGAAACAACAACAGCUUGAGCAGGAUCGACAGUCGCGUAUGAUGACUCGGGAGCAACGCAUCAGAGACCGUGAACAGAAGCGACUGCUACAUGAAGCGGAACUUGAAAGGAUCGAGGAAGAACAAGAAAGACUCGAGAGGGGUGAAAGCAGAGUGUCUGCUCGAAACCUCAAGGCUGACCUAGAGAAGUCUCAAAAGAAUUUGGCAGAGCUUAACCAAGAAGAUCAAUGGAUCUUCGAUUGCUCUGGCUGUGGGGUGCAUGGUGAGAACUUGGAUGAUGGAAGUCACAGUGUCGCAUGCGAAAAAUGCAAUGUUUGGCAACAUAGCAAGUGUCUUGGUAUCUCACAGGAAGCCGCCGAAAAGGAUGAUUUCCACUUUGUCUGUCGGGACUGUAAGCAAAAAGAGGAAGACUCUCACCGGCCCAAACUCCCACCCCUUAAAUUCCGGGUCAGCGCUUCGGCGUCUCCUUCUGCCGCUCCCCCGGUCGCGAAGAAACGUAAACUCGAGGAUGACGAGGAUCACGCUCCACCCUCACCUGUGAAAAAAUCACACUUCGCUCUGUCCAACAUCCAAAACGAACCCUUAGGAACACAACCUACUCUCCAGUCGCCCGCUAUCAGCCAUGGCACCUUCUACCCUCCUCCGUCACCCCAACGCCGGGCCCAUCCCGCAGAUAAUACUCGCCUGCCAUCUUCAAGCCCUCCUCGUCCACCGUUUUCUCCGCCAAAGGGCAUGAAUGGUUUGCUCCAUGCUACUAUGGAGCAGCAACCACGGCCUUCUUCGUCUCAGCACUCUUUCCCGCCUAUGCAACAAGCUCCUCAUCUUCCUCCCAUUGGAUCAUUCCAAUCUGUACGGUCUUCCUCGUCACAAUCUAUUCAAAGUCCAGUUCAGAACCAACCAUCAAUGUCACCUACGCAAGGUAAUCCCGAGGUUGGCCCUCUUGCGGGUUUCCCACCUAUUGCUUCAACCCAUGCACCAUCUCCAUGGGGUUCUUUCGAGACUCCGCGUCCACAGUCAGGCCAUGCGGCCACGCCGUCGAUGUCUAGCCGCUACCCAUCUUUCUCAGCUUCGACUCCUAAUGGCAACCACUCCUCUCCCCCUCAAAGUUCUCAUGGUAUGGUCAUGUCGGGGAUCAGCCCAACGAAACAGUCUCCUCGUCCGCUUACUGGAACUGGCAUGGCGGGCGCUCCUGUGCUGCCACCCAUCCGUAGAUUGGAACCAAGCCCGAAGCUCAUGGGUCGCAGCUCUCCAGAUGCUCCGAUCCCUCCACCUGUCAAAUGCAUGACGCCUGAGCAAGAGGAACGCCGCCAGAGGGAGAAUGCCUCGAUGCUGCACCAGGCCCAUCACUAUCAGAGCAAUGGCCAGCAUGCCUUGUCAUCACCGUCCCUCAAUCGCAUCCCUCCCUUGGGUUCUGGGGCUGUUUCACAGUAUCCCGAUCCUGUUCCUUCCCCUUACCGCGGGAGCAAUGGUCAGAACCAAUGA